AUGGUGGACCGCCCCGCCUCCCCAAUCCCGGCGCCGAGAUUGGACGACGCAUCCUCACCCAUGCCAUGCAGUCAAGAGGACGCACUCGUGGCUGAACACACGUUGAAGGUGGAACACACCCACCAUCGUGUCCAAGCUUUACAUGAUCAGUUGACGCUGGAGCGAGCGCAGCGCCAGGCCCUCGAAGAGAUCGUGCUCGGCCUGCAGGCCGACAACGCCCAGCUGCUGCGCGAAACGGGCCGCGCAAGUGCCGCCACGUCUCGCAGCGGCAGCCGUACAGGUUAUGAGGAGGCCUGGCCCUCUCUGUGCGAUGACCUGGCAGAGGCCCAGCAGCACAUCAACAUCCUUCAACAACAUCGCGUCGCCCACGCUCAACUCCUAGAACGUCAUCAGGCGGCCCUUGUUGUCCAGCGGGAAGCUUUGCUCAAUCUGGUCGACCAUACGCGACAAGAGUCCAUGGCACUGAUUCGGUCCACCCUGGCACAGGCGGCUCGCACCUUGCGUGCCCGCAAAACUGCCCACUCUGCCUCAACCCCUGCUCCGCCUACCUGCGUUGCCAGCACCCAAACUCACCUGGAGGCGGCCGACAUUGGCGCCAAAACAACGUCGGCUUUGUGUGACCUCGAUGAGAAGCAGGAACCCGCUUCGGACAAGGCACGGGCGCUACAUCAGGCCCACGACGCUCUGCAAUCCACGCUGCGCCGCUGCCACGAGGCCAACCAAACCUUGACCGGUCAGCAACAGGGUCUCCUGACCCGCUUGUCUGAUCUCCAGGCUCGACUGCGUCAUGCCCACACUACGGCCCGCACCUUGCCCUCGCUUCCAGCUCCGCCGUGCCGCGUUGACGCCGCUACUUCGCCCCCGCCCUCGCCCCUGAGGACAGCCACGUCCAAAUGCCACCCUGAGUCGCACGACCAUAAACGGGACUGCAUCCAGAGCUCGCCCGACCAUCUCCACCGACAGGCCACCGAUGAGCUUGCCUCUAGCCCCAAGUCCAAGCCAGCCCCCGACUCGGCCUCCGACAUGGAUUACAUUCCAGCCUCUAGCCCCGACCCUGACCCAGCCCCAGAACAAAACGACUGCACCGAUAAGGACCAAACGAACGGCGGCGCUGCCAUAACUGAGCAGCCAACGACCGACCAUGGUCACGACCAGCCUGCGGCUCUGGUCACACCCCGUGCCGGUCCCGGACUGGCAUCGCACCGGCUGACCCAUGAGCAUCCAUGCCCGACUGACGCCCGCACUCAUUUGAGCACCAACGUUGACGCUCAUGCCCAUGCCAAACUGCGAUUGGCCUGGCCAGACACCAAAACAAACCAACCAGUGGCCAACGCCAUCAGCCCUCAAACCGCGGCGGCCACCAUGACCCAGAUUGCACGCUUGGGUCUCCCAGCUCAGCCGCUGCCCCGUCCACCGCGCCCACCGCUGGCCCGCCCUGCCCUAGCUCCGAUUACCUCGAGCAGCAAUGAUCUGCACAACCGCAGCAGCAGUUCCACUGGAGCCAUCAGCAGCGCCAGCUCGCCCGCCUCCAGCCCGCGCCGGCAGCCCGGCCUUCGGGCUCGCCCGCUGCCGCCGCCGCCACCAGAUGGCUUGUCCAGCAGCGGCACCAGCGUGCAAACAACCCCUGAUCGCCUCACCAUGAGCUCGCCAGAGGUGGCGGAUACCCCAGGCCCUGCACCACCCCUCCUGGCUCGAGACCAACAUGCCCCAUCUGUCAUUCCACGCCACCGUGUCGCCUUGUGUUUCAGCGGCUUCAAGCCGGGGCUUCUCGACUACGACACGGCAACACGAGACCGCCUGGUUGAGGCCGCCCGCCGAGCCGGAUUCUUUGUGCAUGAAAGCGAUCAGAACCUGGAGCACAUUACGCACGUUGUCGCCCCCAAUGGUUGUCGCACCGUCAAGGGCUGGCCCGUGGAUGAGGCCUCCAAUGGAGGCUGCAAGCUCCCCGAGUCCCCAUUCGCGGGGCGUCGAUACCGCCUCUCUGAUGACUUUGCCCAGGAUAUUCGGCCCGCCAAACUGCAACACUUGCGCUUGAUCCUGGAACAGUAUGGGGGUGGACAGUUGGUGCAAGACGGCACGCCCGACGUGUGGAUCGUCAACCCACGCCGCCCUGCAGCAAUGGGACAAUGCAGCCAGAGCUGGGCCGAGAUCUUGGGCUCCAUCCCCACACAUGCCGAGCUUCUUCGUACCCAGCUCGGACGAAGCUCUUUGCCCUCGAAUCUCCUCGCCGAGCUUGGAGGCCUUGCCUCGCCACGCACCUUGGCGCUUGAGGCACAGCUCCGGGAUCGACCGGGAGCCGAGUAUGCCCAACGACCGGUGGUGCGUCCCUUUGCCGGCCACUCCCCAUCCAUGUUGGCUCCGGAUGGAACUGCCGGCCGGCCAUUGAGCAAGCGCACCAAGCGCACCAAAACGCGCCCUUUGCCACGCCCCCUGCCCUUCUUCACCCGCUGAUGCUGCACGGCCUGUGGGACGGCGCUUCUUUUUCUUCUUCUCAAUCGGAGGAAGCCAAAACAAGCCCGCUUUGGAGAGUAAAAGAUAGACAGAAAGAGUAGACAUGAGAGACAUAAAAGCUGCGAGAGACAUGAAAUUCGAUGGCCUACGCCAAAGCCCGAUACUGAGAAACCAGAUGAUGGCGACCCGCCGCAAGCUGAGCUCCGACCAAGGCGGUUCCUCCGGCCUGAGCCGUUGUGCCCGUGUAAACGGCCUGGUCCACUUGUAAGGGUGGCGCAAACUGCACACUGACGCCCACGGGCACAAGCAGGUGAUAGCUCAGCUGUGCAAAACGUGCGAGAGAAAAGGACAACGACGUGAAUUGAGUCCGCCAG